UAUUAGAAUGUAGAAAGUGUUCUUCCGGUGUCACAGGUCAACGACAUUAUAAGGUAUUUGUGCCACACAAUGAGAGAUGUUGAUCAAGGGCACGCUUGGUUGUGUUUAAUUGGAGCAAUCGGAGCACAGUUUCUGAAUGGAGCCAUGACUUAUGCUUCAGGAAUAAUUCACGUCGGUCUCCUCGAUUACUUCAAAGAAGAUGUGGCAAAGACAGCUUUAAUAGGAUCUCUUUUUGCAAAUAUACUUUGCUUACUUGGGCCACUUGCAAGUAUAGCUAUCAAUUUGACAAGCUGCAGAGUUUCCAUAAUGAUUGGUAGUUCUUUAAUCAUCAUUGGAUUUGGUGCCAGUUUCUUUGCCAAAAAUUUAAAUGUAUUGUUAGUAACCUACGGCAUCAUUGCAGGUACUGGUUUUUCGUUUACUGUUACAACGUCGAUAGUGAUACUAGGAUACGCAUUUGAAAAAUACCGAAGUGCGACUGUUGGUGUAAGUAUGGCGUUCGCUGGUGCUGGAAUGUUUGCUUGUGGACCAUUGGUACAGUCUCUUGUCGACAAUUAUUCUGUACUUGGAGCUUUUCUUCUUCUAGGUGGAAUUGCAAGUAACUUUUUUGUAUGUGGUGCUUUGAUGAAGCCAUCUGGACUUGAGGAAUGGCACAAGAAAUUCUUAAAACAUAAUAAGCAGAAUACAGAUGCAAGCAGUAUUUUGAAAAGGUUCCUUCAUUUCGGAGUUUUCAAAAAUAUAUCAUUUGUGUUUAUACUGUUUGGUGCUAUAUUUGUAGGACUUCCAUAUAGUCUAGUACUUUUACAUUUACCAAACUACUCUGUAACUGAAGGUUAUACACACGAGGAUGGUGCCUUUCUCGUGGCCAUGAUAGGACUUGGUAGCACUUUGAACCGAAUACUAGUAGGUGUUGCCAGCGGAGACGGCGGACUUGAUGUUUUAUUGUUGUAUUUUGGAUCACUUGCUUUAACUGGUGUCACCACUUUAGUAUUUCCGUUGUUUUCUACAUAUUAUAUCGGUCAGUGUAUUUAUUCGUUUAUAUUUGGAUUAUAUAGCGGUGCUUUCUGUGCCUUGACUAACCCUAUAUGCUUCGAAAUGGUAGGAUUAGAUAAUCUGCCCACCGCCAUAGGACUUUAUUUCUGUGCCAUAGGUAUUGGUGGACUAAUUGGACCUCCAUUAGCAGGUAUAAUAAUUGAUAAUGGUGGUUCAUAUGAGCACAGUUUUUAUAUCUCAGGUAUAUCCUUUAUAUUAUCAGCACUUUUGACACUAAUGGCCACAAUAAAUAAGCCAAAUAUCCCAACAAACCUUACACAGAAUGGAAAUAUCUCAUUGAGCAUAGAUUCCAAUGUUUCAGAACCAACAGCGCCCGCCAUGCAGGGAUCGGGCUUCCUUAGAGGCUCUGGAUUUUUCCGUGGAUCCGGAUUUAUGACAGCACCAGAAAUAUUUGGUGGAUCAAUAUCACUCCGCGGAUCUGGGUUUCUUUCACCUAAUCAAUUUUCAGAUUCUAGAGAUAACAUUAGACAAGCAAAAGUAGUGGAAAUAAUCCCUCUAACUAGUGAAUAACUUGUUUGGUGAAAUGUUUGUAAGGAAAUAACAAGGAAUAAACUUAUAUAGUGUACACCACAAAUUGAAAAGUUUGUGUCUAAUAAUAUGGUUUAGGUAUAUCUAUUCUAGAAGAAAAUGCGAAUUGGUAAUGAGGCAACUUUGCUAUAAAUGCUAAAAAGUCAAAAGGACGAAAGAGAAAGCAUAUACAGAUGACAUCACUGUCUUUAACGACUAGCAUAGACUCUUAUCUUAUCAUAAGGUCACAUUUCAAACAGGCUUCUUGAAAAUAAAACGUAACGAAUUAAAGACAUCGUUAAUCAAUAUAUUAUACCGAAUAAAAUGACUGUUGCCAUAUGACUCGCUCGUCUUCCUUUGGACAGGAUAUUAAGUAGACAACAGAGAUAGCAUAAAUUAUAUAUAAUAAUACAUAGCUGAAAGGGCGAUAGAGCAGGUUAUACCCAAAGAAAACAUUGUCAACCAAGGUGAAGUGUUAUUUAAUCUAUUAUACUGAUUGUUUUGUUAUUAUUGUUAUCCAAAAUAAAAACAAUCAACUUC